UUGCAAUGUACAAUGUUGGCCGACAUGCAUCUUUCUAAAACGUGUUUCAUGCCUUAUGGAUCCUGAGGUUGGUCGUGCGGUCCAUCGGAACGCGGACUUGAUUUACAUUGCCUUAAAUUCAAGCUGCAAUCAUGUCUUCAGGCAAGAAAGGAAAGAAGAAGAAGGGUACAACUGUAGAUUUAAUGUCAUUUCUGGCUGAUGGGGGUGCAACACCCGCUGUGCCAGUGAAACCAUUGAGCUGGGCCGAUGAAAUGGAAGAAGAUCAUGAAGGAUUUACAUCAAGAAGCAGCAAAGAACCAGUAGUUCUACCUACAGCCCCAAGAGCUGCACGAGAUCCUCGCGGUACCGAUGACGAUGUUCCUACUAAUCCACCUUAUGUAGCGUAUCUUUCUAAUUUACCUUAUGAAGUGGAUGAAGGAUAUCUGACAGAGUUUUUCACAGGCAUGAAGAUUUCUAACAUACGCCUGCCAAAAGAUACUAAUAAACUCAAGGGAUUUGGAUAUGUUGAAUUCGAAGAUCGCCAGAGUUUAAUCGACGCUCUUAAUUUAUCCAACACGCCGAUGAAAGCAAGAAGAGUACGAAUCGAUGUUUCAAAUAGCAUUAACGAUGAUCGUCGUGGUGGACGUAUGGGCAGAGAUAAUCGAAGAGAUAAUUACGAUGACGUUGAACGUACAUCUGGAGAUUGGAGAAGCGGUACACGAGAUGAAAAUGCGCCUGCAGAGGGUGACACAUCAUAUCGAAGUCGAUAUGAUAAUAGAGACAGAGACAGACGAGAUGAUCGCGAAGCUCCUGAGGCUGAGAACAAGCCCGGUGCAUGGCGUGAAAAUAGUGACAGAGGAAGACCAGCAUUUAGGGACAGAGGUGGUUUCAGAGAUGAUGAAAGAGAGAGAGACAGAGACAGAGAUUGGGGUGGUAGUCGUUAUGAUAGGGGUAGUCGAGACAGAAAUGGAGAUAAAGGGGGCAGUUUUGGGCCGCGCCGUAAUUAUGGAGAUUCCGAUUGGAACAGAGACAAAGACAGAGAUGUUCCGCGUAGGGCAGACAAACCCAGUCUAGACAGUAAACCCGAAACAAAGACUAGACCGAAGCUAAAUCUAACGCCUCGAACAAAACCUAUUGAGCCUAUUGCUGUAAAAGAAGAGCAAUCUGCUGCUCCUGCACAUACGCCAUCAACAAAUAUAUUUGGUGCUGCAAAACCUGUAGAUACCACUGUCAGGGAAAGAGAAAUAGAAGAACGUCUAGCAAAAUCAUAUGCAGAAUCAAAAUCCAGAGAAGAUGGGGAUUCCGAAAAACGCGGUAAAGAAGGUACUUGGGUCAAACGCAAUGGAGAAGGGCGUGAUGAAAAAGAUAAAGAGCAACGAAGCCGACCAACUUGGCGGAUGGAUGAGGACAAAAGUCGACGAAACGAAGUAUUGCCGUCGCGAAGUCAGUUCGCUCAUACCGAACAAUAUGCAGAGCCUCGAAGUCAGCCCGCUCUUCGUCCUGGACUACCGGCUGUAAGAACUCCUCAAAGACUCAACGAAACUCGUGCCCCAGAAAGAGACCGAAAAGAUAAAGAAAAAGAUGAUGCCAGCAAGAUGCCAAAGGCAAGGGAUGAACCAGUUCCAGAUUUCAUAUUUUCCAAUAAGUAUUUCUGUUUACCUGACGAUGUGGGGCCUGACAGUGAUGAGAAUUAGUUCUGAUCCGCUAUACAUCAUCAAUUAAAUUGUGCCACAUGCAUCGUAAAUUGGUCUAUAUAUGCAUAUUAUUAAUUUGUUUUAUCUCUAUUAAAUACUUAUCGAAUUAAUUCAUGAAUCAAGCAUUAAGCUCUUGGUA